AUGCCGCGUUGCGCAUGCGGCACCUACUUUUCUGCAGACUCGGAGACAGAAGACGAGGAAGAUGAAUGGGAAACACCAUGGCUAAAACAAUGGGCGGAGGAGAACCAAAAGUUUGUAAAAACCAAAGCCUGUAGACUAGUGGAGUCAAAGUUACAUCUCAAUAGAAUUGUUUUAGUGGGAGAAGCAGGGUGUGGCAAAUCUGCUAUUGCAAAAAACAUUGCCUUAAAAUAUAUGGCAUUGAAAUGGAAAAUCGUAGAUGUAAAGAGUCUAAAUGAUAUUAAGAAUGCCCCGGUGAAAACUAAAUCCGUCCUAUUCGUUGUCAAUGAUCCGAUUGGAAAAAGCGACAUUGAUGAAAAAUUGUUCAGAUUGUGGCAUUUACAAAAGGAAAUGUUGGAUGACUAUUCUAGAAAAAAUAAAGAGGGGGACAAUAAAGUAAAGCUUCCCAAAGUAAUUGUGACCUGCAGGUCCAAUCUUCUGGAAAACGAUAGAGAGUUCAUUAUGAGUGGAUUUACCAUUAUCAAUCUGGACAAAGAUGAAGCUCGAUUAACCCAAAAAGAAAAAGAAUACAUUCUUAAGAGGCAUAUAGAUUGUUCUGAACUUGAAAAUAACGAACUUAACCAGAUACUUUUAACCGACAAAUCAUUUCCUUUACUUUCCAGUAUAGUUUCUACCAGUAAAACCUUACAAGAAAAUAUACUUAAAUUUUUUAGUGAACCUUUCGAUCAACUGAACAGAGAAAUUCUAUUAUUGAGAGAAAAUUCCAAAGAAAAAUAUUUAUGUUUACUUUUAUUGAUUUUGCAUGGAAAUAAACUAUCAAAACAUAGCUUUCACGAUGAAACAGAAGACAGAGAAAGUCUGGAAUAUAUGAAUGAUGAAAAAGAAGAUGAUGAUGACAAUAAUGAUGAUGACGAGGAUGAAGAUGAUGAUAACAAGGAUGAAGAUGAUGAUGACGACGAUGAUGAUGAUGAUGAAGACGACGACGAUGAUGAUGAUGACGAUGAAAAUGAUUGCGAAAUUAUCGACGAAAAGAUGCUUAAUGAUCUGUUCGAAACACUGAAUCUCAGAAAAGGCAUCUCUCAAUUGAGGAAGACAUUAAGAAUGGCACAUACUUGGAUAUAUUUCUUUGUCCUUGGAUACUUGAUGAUAGAGUUUUGA